AUGAGCGACUACAAUUUCCGUACAUCGAUCGCUCUGAAGCCUAACAAGAGCUUCAUGGAGCUAGAAGAGGAAAAGGAGAAUUUUAGUCGAGCAAUGACGAAUAUCAUCACUACUGACUUGGAAGUACUUGAGCCUGAAGAAAUGGAACGAUCAGAAUCAGCAAUCAAAUGGGAAACAAGGGUUGAGAUUUUUUGGUCACUGCUUAUCAACGGAGCUAUCGCUGUUUUUCUUUCGCUGAUAAUUUACAUCUACUCAACUCGCGAAUUCGAGCCAAUUCCACCGCCACAUGUCGAAUACACUCCAAGAGAGACGAUUUUCUUGAAAUGCGCUAUUCACGUGGACAGGGAUUUCCUAGAGGGAAUUUGGAACACUACGGAAGAAAUGCCGCCAACAUUGCACAGCGACUACCGCGAAACACUCACCUUAGGGGCGAUCACGGUCGAACAACUCAUCACAAACUACACUUGCGAAUACUGGCCAGAACACAAAGUCAUGACAUGA